AUGUUUCAGCGCUGCGAGCCCUGGAGCCUCUCCAGCUCUGCCGCCCCCCCUUCCACCUCUCCCUCAGGCCCGUCUGGUUUCAACACCCUGUCAGCCGCUGAGCCACAGCCCUCACAGCCUUCACGUACGAGGCCGCUCGGCCGCAGCCCGCGGGCCACGGGGGCUCUGCUGCCCUUGCUGGGGAGCGAGGGCAGCCGGGUACAGCCGCCGCUGCCCUUCGGCUCAGCCCCGCUGGGCAGACCGAGGCCGCCCGGCUCGCUCGCAGCUCCCGCCCAUAGGGCGCACGGCAAUGGCGAGGGCGAGGAGGGAAGCCCGGGCCCGCCCUUCUCCUCCCGGCCUCCUGCCCCCCCGCCUGCAAUGGGCCAGUCCCACCGCGCCGCCUCUGCCCGGCGCCCGGCGCGUCCCAUUCGGGAGGGAGGGGGGAGCCGGACCCCGCCGCUUGCGCCCUUUCCCCGUUGCGGGACGGCCCAAAGCCGCCGGCGCGGGGGUGUUCGACCCGGCGAGCUCCGUCAGCGAGGCCGCACCCAGGAGGCGGCAGCGCCCUGCGCGGAGCCCUCGGAGCGCUGCUGGGUACCGGGCAUCCCCCGGCCCACGGCAGCGGGCUCGCCCCUUUCCCCCCCCCGCCCGUCGCGCCGUGGCUCGGUCCCGUUUGAAGCUGUGGCGGGCCGAUGGCGGCUCCGUGAGGGGAGGGCCGUGGGUCCGGCCCGCCAUGAGCGAGACCCGGAGCUGCCGGGAGAUUUUCCGCUGCUGGGCCUGAUGAAAAUGGCUAUGCAAUUUACCAUCCAGAGCAUCUGCUCUCAUUUGCAAGACCACAUUGUCCAGUAUGAACAGAAGAAAUUCUAGGAACUCUUGGAUAAGCUGCCUAAUAACCUGGAUUACACGAGAGUGUGGCUGUGACGAGCAGCAGCAGAAGUGUCCAUGUCCUCUUUGCAGCCACCACACCAAGCCACCAGUAGCACAACUUUGCCUAGUCUUGCAUCCAUGCUAAACUGAGGAUACAUGAAUCUGCUCUGCUGGGAGCCUGGGCAAAAGGAAUACCCUGAGGCACUGCUUAUGGAUCAGCAGGAUGUACAAGUGCAGGUGAAUGAGCUUGCCAUCAUAGCCGCAGUCCUGCUAGUGACCAGAGGCAUCUGAAGCACCUUAUGUAGCUUACCUGGGUUUGUAUCUAGGCUAAAAAGGGUAACAAAGGUCCUCCUGGAAGGUACAAGAGUACCAGGUAGGGAUAAAGAAGCUUUAGAAGACAUUGUGACCACGUGCUCCAGGAGGUCAGCAGGACUCCCUCAGCUGGGUUACUCUGCUUUCACCCCGAUACACACUUCCCUGACAGGUCAGAUAAAAAGCAUUGCAGACAACGACAACACAGCCCAGCACAUCAUUGAGCAGCAAAUUCAUUCCUUCCUCUGCCUUUUCAUUUCCCCUGAUGGACAGAGGCAGAAAGAUUUCCUGAAGAGCCUUGGUUCUGUUCAGGAAGAGCUGUGGGAAGCUGGGAGCAGGUUUGGAAGUGUGAUCCACCACAACAGGCAGGGGUCUGGACCUCACCACUCAGGAAUACUCAUGAAGGUGCUUCUCCCAGAUGCAGAACCAGACUCGAAAGGUGGAACACUUUCUCCCACAGUAUCUCAAAUCAUGCCUCAGAUUGUAAAAACCAACUGGACAAAUCCACAGGGACCAGCAUUACCACCAUGCAGCGACUCUGCGUGUCUGUAUCUGAAUAAACCUCCCAACUACAAACCGUAG